UCUCUGCUAUGUUUUUCUGUUCUUUCCUUCCAACUAUAUCUGUAUACAGCGUAAUUAUCGCCGCUCACUUCUAUAAAAAUCGUUUCUCCACCGAGAAAUUAGGGUUUUGCUGUCCAUCUCCAUCUCUUUCUCUUACACACACAUUUUCCUGGAUAGUUUUGGGAGGGAGAGAGAGAGAGGUUAAUGGAAUGGACUUGCUAGCCACAUCAUUACAAUUUUCUCUCUCACUUUCCCGAGAAAGUUAGGGAGGGAGGAGGGGAGAGAGAGAGAGAGAGAGGGAGAGAAAUUGAGACGAAAUUACAGAAUUAAUUAAUAAACGAUACUUUACCUUCCCCUAAGCUCAACAAAGACAAAAGGGGAAGUAAAGGAAUCAACUCAUGUUAAUAAUGAUUUCCCCUGGUUGUAUCAUCUGAAGCCGAAACCGUAAUUUUCGUUUUCUUUUUCGGAGAAAAAAGUGUAUAGAAAUCGAGGAAAUGUUAGCUUUCUUUAGAUGAAAGAAUACGGCAAAUUUUGACACCAAGUUGUAUGAAAUGCUGUUUUAAGGACCUCAUAAUUUUCUCAGGGAAGGAGCGACAAGAUAUGGAUUUCGACAUGGAUGAAUUUUUUAUUGAGCCGUUUUUCGCUCAGGAAAUCGAUAUUGAUUACGAGUUUGAUGCAGCUAAAUACUACGAUUUCACCCUGCCGGAAAACGAUUUCGAGGCUCAAGAAGCUGAGCGCUGGUUUGAAACCACAGGAUAUUAUCCUUCCUCGCCUCUCAUUGUAAAGCUGAAUUGGCAACCAAGCGUUCCACUACCAAGUGAAAAUUCCUCUUCUAUUUGCAGAGCUGCUGAAAACACCAAUCCCACCCACGCAGACUUGUCUACUAGUAUGGACACUGAAGCAAAUUCAGCGGAUGAUAAUAAAUCGGGAUCAGAGUCAUACAGUGAAGCCAAAUCCUCAAACAAGUCACCUCUAUUAAAAAAUUCAAAUUUCAAGAAUCCCGCGGCAAGUCAGUUGGCCAAGCAAAAUUGCCCUCCACAAAUUCAUGGUGACCGAUUAAUCAGACGGUCUCAGAAGUUGGUAAAAGUUGAAGAGAAUAGUUCACGGAGCUCGUCAAUGACUGCAACCCAAGCUACCAAAAGGCUAAAGCUCGAGGCUGGUUAUUCAUGCAAGGCUGCUCGUUUGAAGCAUCAAGCUGGUUUUUUACACAAGGCACCUAAAAAGGUUGGAGUAAUUGACGUUCAUACAACAUUUGCUAAACCUAAAGUUACAAUUCCCAGACAACCUAAUCUGGAAACUGCUUGUAGGGCAGAAAGACAUAGGUCCAAGAUUAAUUUGGAGUCGGCCAUAACUGCAAAAUCAAAUGCUUGUAACUUCAGAGCAAGACCCUUGAAUAGAAAAAUUCUUGAGGCUCCCUCAUUUCCCCUCCCUAAAAAGAGCACUCCACAGCUUCCAGAUUUUCAGGUGUUUCAUUUGAGGACAUCAGAGAGGGCUGUGCAACAUGCAUAUGUUAUCGCUGCAAACGCACCGAAUUAUGGCCCUAUUCCACAGAAUGAAACUAUAAGCUCUACAAGAGUAACCCCUGUUGCCGCCUUAAAGGAGAAAUUGGAAGCACUUGAUAAAUUUAAAGCUCACUGUCUUAAUACAAAGGAAUGUAACUCCCCAAAUGAUAAAAGAUUCCCCAAUGAACCACCAAUAGAAGAAUUUAAUAAGCUCUCCCUGACUUCUGAAGUCGAGUCCAAUGUGAAGUCCCAGUCAAUAAUGCCACAGCAUCCCAAGGGCUCAAAGGAGAAUGCACCAGGUUCUCCCCUUCCAGGACAUGAGAUGAAGAACGUAGCCAAAUUACAAAGGCUUUGUGGCAAUAAUUUUCAAUGUGGGAGUGAUAGAACUGUGCCUUCCAUUUUACCAAAAAUCAACAGGAGCUUGGACAUACGUUAGUGGCGGUGCAGAAAAAAUCCUGGCCAGGCUCCACAUUGUUGAAUUUUCCAUACUCGUGUAUGAGUUCCAUAGAAUUUAAAGAUGCCCAUCCCAAACCUGUAGCGUGCGUUUCAGUAGCUUCCAGAGGAAAUUAUAUUUUAUUCGUUCUACAAUAGGUAGUAAUUGAUCAACAGAAUUUUGGAGACCUAGCGUACAGAAAAUAUUAUGUUACUAAAAGUUUCCGUUGGCUUUUA